AUGAACUCAAUAAGUGCUUUUAUAAAGCUUCAUUAAAAUAAAAACCAUUUUUCUAUAACACCAAGUUUUUAAGAUAUCACAAAAUAUGAUGAGUUACAAAAAAUCUUGAGCUAAUAAAAUGAAUUUAUGAUUAAAAUUAAUUCUUGUUAAAAUUUUGGGCUAGAAGGAUAUCAAUCUUUAGAAAAUUUAAACUAAGCUUUCGAUUGCUUCUUGAAUUUAAAUAAAAUUUCAAUAUUUGUUGGGUCAAAUAAUCUGAUAAAUGGAGAAAAAUUAAAUCUAAUUACAAAUGGAUUAUCACAUUUAAUUUAUCUCUAAGAGUUAAAUUUAUUCAUAGGUGACCAUAAUUUAAUUCAUUCAGAAGGUGCUGUAUAAAUAGGCAGAUCUCUAGGACUCUUGAAGAGCUUAUAAAGAUUAACAUUAAAUAUUUAAUAUGCAAAUUAGAUUGGGUAAAUUGGAGCUUAAGGAAUAGCAGAUGGGUUGCAGAAUUUGAAUAUCCUCCAAGAGCUGAAUUUGUUCAUUGGUUAUGAUAAUAUCAUCUAGUAAGAAGGUAUGUAAAGUAUUAGCAGGUCUAUAAAACUCUUAACUAGCCUUUAAAAGUUAUUUUUAUCAAUUAGUUCAAAUAACUGCAUCCAAUAAAUAGGAGCUUCUUCUUUAGGUGACGCACUUUAAUCUUUAGUUAAUCUUAAAGAAUUAAAGCUGUAAUUUGGCUCAAAAAAUUUUAUUGGAUAGGAAGGAACAGUAAAGAUAGGCGAAUCACUUUCUAAAUUAGUCAAUUUAUAGAACUUAAAUUUAUCUUUUGGUUCUUAUAAUAAUUUAACAAGUAUUGGUUUAGGUUCAAUUGGAAAAUCUUUAAGUAACUUAAAAAAACUUCAAAAGUUAAGUAUAACUAUAUUAUCUAAUAACAAUCUUUUACCAUAAGAUGACUUUAAACUAAGUUUUGAAUUUAAGAAUUUAAUUAAUCUUGAUGAUCUAUCUUUAACAAUAGAUUCUGAUAAUCAUCUCGGACACUAAGGUGCUUAAGCUAUAGGAUUAGGAUUUAAAAGCUUAGUAAAUCUUAAAAAACUAUACCUUUAUAUAGGUAAAAACAAUUUUAUUAAUGCUGAAGGUGCUACUUGGAUCGGAGAAGGAUUAAAAUAUAUGUAAAAUCUUAGAUAUCUCAAAUUUUACAUUGGUAAAAAUAAUAGCAUUUCUAGCGAAGGAACUUUAGGGUUAUUUGAAGGAAUUUAAAAUAUGGAAAACCUCUUAGACUUAAGAGUAACUAUUGUUUCAAAUUACAUUAAACCUAAAGGAUGCUAAAGUAUAGCCAAGUCUUUUAAGAAAUUAUAAAAUCUCAAAAAUCUUAAUUUAAUAUUAGAUUUUGACAAUUAUUUAUUUAAAGACGGAACAAUAGCUAUUGGAGAAGGCUUAGGAUACUUAAUUAAUUUAGAAUCUUUGUAUCUUCUUAUAGGUUCUAAUAAUAACAUAAAAUGGCAUGGUUGUAUAGGCCUUUCUGAAGGACUAAAAAAUCUGAGAAACUUAACAAAGCUUACGUUAAUCAUAAAUUAAUAUAACAAUAUAACUUGGGAAGGAGCAUAAGAAUUAGCAGAUGCAUUGAAACAGUUAUAAAGGCUUUAAUAUUUAACUAUUUCAAUAGAAAACGAUAAUAUCAUAAGCUCUAGAGGGGCUAAUGAAAUAGGUAGCUCGUUAAAGAAUAUGAAAGAUCUCAUAUCUCUUUCAAUCAAUAUUGGUAAAUCAAAUCGUAUUCUGUGUUAAGGACUUUAAGGUUUGGCAGAUAGUUUUUAAUAUCUGAAAAAACUCAAUUAUUUAAAUUUAUGUUUAGGCUUUGGAAAUAAUGUUCAAGCUGAUGGGAUUAAAUUGCUUUCAGAAGGAUUAGUGAAACUAAUAAAUCUGACUCACCUUUCAUUAGAUUUUGGGAGAAAUGAAAUUGGAUAAGAAGGCCUUUGUAGCUUAUUCAAAUCUAUUAGAAGCUUGAAAAAUCUAUAGAAAUUAAUUAUUGAAAAUAUAUAAGAAAAUAUUCUAUUUACCUCAGGAGAAGAUAUACAAUAAGGUCUUUCACAAUUGGUAAAUCUAAAGUAAUUAUAACUAUCAGUAGCAUAGAGCCUCUAACAAUAAGUUUAUAAUCCCAACUAAUUUUUUGGAAACGGAAUUAUGUUUUUGAAAAGUCUUUAGAAGCUUCAGUUAGUUUUAGGUCAUGAUAACAUUCUUGGCAGUGAAGCAGCAAUUAGCUUAGGAUAAGGUCUUGGGCAUCUUAUAUAAUUGAUAGAAUUGGUUUUACAUGUUUAACAAAAAAAUACUAUUCUCCCUGAAGGAUCUCAGGCAAUAGGAGAUGGUCUAUGCUGCUUAGAAAACUUAAGAAAUUUAGAUGUUAUAAUUAAUGAUGGAAAUCAGUUAGGAGACUCAGGUAUUAAAGGUUUAUCAAGAGGUUUUACAGGCUUGAAAAACCUUACGAAUUUAAGUUUUAUAAUUAACGGAUAUAAUUCGGUUUUUGAAAAUGGUGCAUAUGGAUUCGGCUAAAAUUUGAAAAAUCUCAAAAAAUUAAGAACUUUAAUUUUAGAUUUUGGAAGAGGAAAUAAAAUAAAAGAUUACGGAGCUAGAGGACUUGGAGAAGGGCUUAUGAACUUAAAUAUGCUGAUAGACUUAAAUCUUACUAUUGGGUUUGACAAUUAGAUAGGUUAUUUAGGAGCUUAAUGGUUAGCUGAGGGGAUUUCUUGUCUCACAUAGAUUUAAAAUUUAAAGCUAAUUAUCGAUAAUUCAAACUAUAUAAGUUGUUAAGGAGCCAUAGCAAUAGGAGCUUCUUUUAAAAAUUUGCAAAAUCUCUACUCAUUAGAGUUAAUAAUUAAUUCUCAAAAUUACCUCCUAACUAAAGGAACCUAAGGAAUAAGUGAAGGUAUUUCAUCAUUAAAGAACCUGGCCUAUUUAGAUUUAAAAAUUAGUCAAAUCAAAACUAUUUAUUAAGAUUAUAGCUAAUGGGAAUAACCCUAAGAUUUUGAUCAUGUAAUAGAUUUUACAUAAGAAAAUUAGAUUGGGUCAGAAGGAGCUAUUGCUAUAGGGAACUCUUUGGCACAUUUAAAUAAUUUAAUUUGGUUAAAUAUUGAAAUAAAUAAUCCUAAUAACGUUACUAAUUAGGAUAUUGAUUCUAUUUUAAGCAAUGUUAAUAAAUUAGGAAAUCUCUCAUUUUUCAAUUUCAAAAACUAAUAAAAAACUCUUCAUUUUAAAAAACCAUCUAGUAGUUUAGCAAGUUAUAUCCCAAAAUAAAUAAAUACAAUUAAGCAGGAUUGUAUAGUUUAAGCUGAAAAUUAAAUUUCACUGUAAGAACAACAUUUUGAAGGGUUUAAUUAAUUUUUAGAAUAAUCACAAAAUAUAAGUUACUUUUAACUGAAUGGCUUUAUUUCAAGUUGCGAUAUAUCUUUCGCUAAGUGGUUUUUUGAAAAUGAAUAAAAAAAACUACAAUUUUUAGAGCCUUACAACAAACUUUUUGAAGAAUACUGGCUUAAAAUUACAGAUAAAUAAGAUAAAAAAAGCAUCACACACCUAAUGUGUAGUUUAAAUUUCAGUUAAAUUGAUAAUAUGAUUCAAUUAGAUAAUCAAAAUAAUAACAUUUUUUAUUUUUUAGAUAUGCUACCUUCAUUUUAAAAUUUAAUUGAACUACAGAUAUCUUCAAAUUUGAAUUAAUUAAAUAAGAACUUGCAAAACGUACUUAAAAUAAUAUAAAAUCUAACAAACCUAGCAGUUUUAAACUUGAGUUUACACACUAAUUAAUAUGAUGACGGAGAAUUGGACUUUACAGGGUUGAGCAACUUAAAAAAGUUGACUAACCUGAAAUUAUAUUUUAUUCUAUUAUAAAGUUAAGAUUAAGAAAAUUUAUAUUAAGAACUAAAGAAAAUAAAAUAAUUAAUUAGUCUUAAAGUUAUUAUUUUGAACUUUCAUAAAACAAAUGUUUUGAAUCUCAUUUAAGAAUUAGAGUUUUUAAAAUCGGGAUAAACCAAAUUCAAUGAAUACUCUAAUAUAAGUUUUUAGAGAGAUGGAGUUUAUUUAAAUGGAUAAUAUACCACUCAGCUUACUAAAUUAAACAUUGAAAAUUGGUCACAAGGUUAAUAAUUUUUAUCAAAUAACAUGUUUGAAUGUUUUAAGUAUCUAACUCAUUUAAAAAUUUCUUUCGAUUAUUAGUUUCCUAAACAAAACUUAGAAGAUUUCACAAGUAAUAUUCAGGGACUUAAAAGUUUGUAGGAUUUAUAAUUUUCUUUCCAAAUUCAAGCAUAAGGUGGUGAGUUAGAAGAUAGAAUAUUCAUUUUAACAUAAGCUAUAAAAAAUCUUACGAAUUUAAGAAAAUUAAAAUUCUCGUUCAAUGAAUCUGAAGAUGAAAAAAAUUUAAAAAUGUAAGUUUAUAGGAAAAAUAUUAGGAUUAUAACUGUGAAUUGA